CUGUGUAGCCCUGGCUGUCCUAGAACUAGCUCUGGAGACCAGGCUGGCCUCAAACUCACAGAGAUCCACCUGCCUCUGCCUCCUGAGUGCUGGGAUUAAAGGCGUGCGCCACCACCAUCCACCUAAGGUUUGAGAUUUUAGGAGGAUCAGAUGCUGGGGAAAGACAGUGGCAGAGACUUGGAGUACACUGGAAGAGCUACUGAUCCUCAAGAGGAAGGCAGGAGUGGAAAAAAGAAGAGGACUAGGCUGUAGGGAGGACCCCAAAAUGGAGGAGAGAGAACAAAGAAGUCUGAGGGGUGCUGGGAAGGGCAGGAGGCUGAGAGCUGGCUGUCUCACUGGUGUGGGGUAGUUUCCUUUGUUGCCUUCCUGUUCCGUUCUGAUGCUGUGUAAUGUCCAUCAGUCUUUUCAUCCUAGAAGUCUCUUCAAAGAUUCCCAGGCUGUGAAAUUCUGAUGAGAGGUACGAAGUGCUGUGUGUGUGUCCUUGGCUUCACUCACAGCCCAUGACUGUGGUCUGUGUCCUUCAGCUGCCCAGCUCUGUGAGCCCUCAGAACUGGGUAAUGGGUUCUGGCGGAACCUUAGAAUUAGAUGAAGAAUUCCGGGUCUGUAGAAUCUGGGGGCCUCUUGUAGAGACACACUGGCAUUUGGUCCCAGCAGCCAUGUCCAAAAUUGAUGAUGUAAAGUGGCCCUCCCUGGAGGAGGGGCAAAGCAUGGCGAGGGCUGUGGUCCGAAGCAUGGGUGGCUUUACUCUGGGUUUGUCUUUGGCCACAGCCUAUGGGCUUCUGGAACUUCUGGUGGAGGGACACAGUCCCUAUGCCUGCCUGGUGGCCACUGUCACUUUGGCUGCCUUCCUUAGCCUGGGCAUGGGGUUCUCCCGCCAGGUCCGCGUCACUGUCUUCCUGCUGCUUCCCCAAGCCUUCUCCCGUCAGGGCCGGAUGCUGCUGCUGGUGGCUGCCUUUGGGCUCGUGCUUCAAGGGCCUUGUACCAAUACCCUCCGCAACUUCACCAGGGCCAGUGAAGCUGUGGCCUGUGGGGCAGAGCUGGCCCUGAACCAGACUGCUGAAGUGCUAGAGCGGGCCAAGCAGCCCCUUGUCAGUGCUCUGACCAAGAUUAAAGCUAUUGCCCAGAGGGCCAAAAUGGUGGCUGACCAGGUCCGCAGGUUCUUCCGGUCCAUCAUGGAUGGUGUGAAGCAUGUAGCCAGGUCCCUGCGGAAUGUGUGGUAUUGGCUCCUUCACAUUGGUGACGUGUGCAACUCAGAGCUGGGCAACCCUUUCACAAAAUGUUCUGGGGUAUUUGAUGACGCCAAGGACAACUGUAUGAAGAUCAUGCCACACGUCCAUCAUCUGUGUUAUGUGCUCAUGCCCUUCAAAUUGGUGCUAUGUGGACUCGCCAGCUUGGUCCAGAUGUUCUGUGUCAUCCCUUCAUACAUCCAGUUCUUCCUGCGAAAGACCAUCAGCACCCCUGUGAUGAAGCUGCUUAACAAGGUGCGUCGUGAGUUUGAGUUCAACGUGACAGCCACCCAUUACUUCUCUGUGGACCUCAAUGCCUCUCGGAGCCUGUCCCAGGUGGCUUUGGACCUUCAUGAGGCCGUCAGCACAAAGCUACACAGUGUCAGGGAGGUCCUGGCUCUGAUGGGCUACACCAUGCCUCUUCUGUUUGCACUCCUCUACCUCCAAGCCCUGUGGUAUCGAUACUGUUACCUGUACCGGGACAAUUUUGACAACAUCUAUAUCACCAGCCGCUUCUUGCGCAUGGAGGCAGUACGCUCCAAGGCAGGGCUGCCCACAGUGCUUCCCCUCAGUUCUUACGAGGCCAGACACUACAUCCAACCAGGUUCCAUCUUCCUAUCUCGAUGGGAGCAAUUUUUUUAUAUGUUGGAGACCUUUGGCUUCGCUCGUCACCUCCUCCUCAUGUUCCUGCUGGUCUUUCUGGACUAUGCUGUCUUCUGGGUACUUGACCUGGCCCGGUACCACCUCCAGGGCGAGAUUGUAGCCCGCAGCCCUGUGCUAGUGUCUAUAACGGUGGAAGGGACCGGCUAUUCGGGGAGUAUUUUCCGAGACCUGGUGUCAGCUUUUGACAUUCUGCAACAAGGCAACAUCAGUAUAUUGUCCCGGCGCUGCCUCCUGCAUCCCUCCGAACCAGACGCUACUGGUUACAUUGUUAUCGGUACCAUGUAUGGCCUGUGCUUCUUCGUCACUCUGUUUGGCAGCUAUGUCAGUAGGCUGCGGCGAGUCAUUUGUGCCUCCUAUUACCCAUUCAGAGAACAGGAAAGGAUCUCUUACCUCUACAACGUGCUUCUGAGUCGUCGAACCAACAUUCUGGCUGCAGUUCAUCGUGCGGUGACUCGACGGGCGGCUGACCAGGGCCACAUGAGUGUCCUCCAAGUGCUGGCCAUCAGGUGCUCUUGCCUAAGUCCUUGGCUCAGCCAAUUUUUGCUGCAUCCGCGCUACUGCCUGGGCUGUGGGCAGCCUGAAGACACAGGGAGCAUGGAGAACUUUGUGUCCUGCAGUACCCCAGGCUGCAAAGGUCUCUAUUGCCCUGCCUGUUUCAGUCUCCUGGAUAACACCUGUACUCUGUGUGCAUCCCCCCUCUCCAUCCCGGGACACCUGGACCUGGAGCUGGACUCCAGUGAUGAUGAGGAGGGUCCUCAGCUAUGGCUGGCUGCAGUUCACAGAAGGUCCCCUGAGCAGGAGCUGGAACUUAGACAACAGCUCCAGGAAGCACUGGACAAGAGCCUCUCAGACACAUCAGACUCGUCCCACUCAGAGUUCAGGGACCAGGACGCCUUAAAGGAAGCUCCGGCAGCAUUUCCCAGCUCAUCAGGCCUUCUUGCACCACCUGAAACCCAGUGACCUCAGAAAUCCACUGUCCCCCCAAAGCAACCUCCGAACCUCCUGGUCCCUCCCACUCACCCCCAAAAUAAAGGAGCCAAAAGUGG